AUGAUUAACUAUGCUUAUCGUAUUAAUUCUCAAGAAUUAUUAUAUCCAUAUGAAAAUAAUGUUAAUAAUAAUGAAAAAUUAAAUAAAAUAAUACAUUUAAAACAAUUGUUUGAUUUUCAAUUACAAGAUAUUUUAUUUGGUAAUAGAAUGAAUCAAUUUUCACGACGAGAUACGGGAUUUUUGCGUUUUGGUAAAAAACGUUAG